AUGAGUGCCUAUCGUAAGAGAUUAGAAGCUUUAAUUGAAACCAUUAAAUGGCUAUUGUUCCAAGGGUUUCCUUUUCGUGGUCAUGAUGAAAAGGAAAGUUCAUUGUCUAGAGAUAUAAUCAAUGCUUGUGCUAAAGAAACAACUAAAGCAAUAUUGGAAGAACUUGAUGGUGGAUUUUUUGCUAUUCUUGUUGAUGAAUCUGCCGAUGUUUCCGAUAAGGAACAAAUGGCACUUUGUUUGAGAUUUGUUAAUAAAAAGGGGGAAGUGUGUGAGCGUUUUCUUGGUAUUGUGCAUGUUCCUGAUACUAGUUCUUUAACUCUCAAAGCUGCUAUUGAGUCAUUACUCAUGGAACACUCUUUAACUUUCUCUCAAGUUCGAGGUCAAGGUUAUGAUGGGGCAAGUAAUAUGCAAGGUUCAAUCAAUGGCCUUAAAACUCUAAUUUUGAAUGAAUGUUCUCAAGGAUACUUUGUUCAUUGCUUUGGUCAUCAACUUCAAUUGACACAAGUUGCACUUGCUAAGAAAAGCUCAGAUUGUGGUUGGCUUUUUGUUGAUGUACUUGCACCUCUCUUGAACUUUGUGGGAGGUUCACCUAAGAGGAAAGAAUUUCUUCGAGAAAAACAACGUCAAGGGGUUGUAGAAGCAUUAUCUUUGGGUGAAAUUGAAUCGAGAACUGGUUUAAAUCAAGAACGUGGCUUAAGUAGACCUUGUAAUACUCGUUGGGGAUCUCACUUUAAAACCAUUUUGAAUGUGCUUGAUUCAUAUCCUUCAAUACUUUUGUCACUUGAUUCCAUUGCAGAAGUAUUAGAUACACUUGAUUCGAAUAAAGCACAAUCUAUUACACACUUGUUGAUGUCAUUUGAUUUUGUGUUUGUGGCACACUUGAUGGUUGAUAUAUUAGGAAUUACAAAUGCGUUGAAUGUGGCAUUGCAAAAACAUGAUCAAGAUAUUGUAAAUGCAAUGGUCAUGGUUGAUGUAACCAAGACUAAUUUGCAAAAAUUGAGAGAUGAAGGAUGGGAUUCACAUAUGGAAAAAGUCACUUCUUUUAUGGCUAAAUAUGACAUUGAGGUUCCAAACAUGGAGGGGCGAUAUGUGGUUCCUGGGAGAAGAAUGUAUAGAGGUAAAGGUCCACAAGUGACUAAUCUUCAUCAUUUUAGAGUUGAAGUUUUUCUAAGUGUCAUUGAUCUUAAAUUACAAGAACUUGAAAAUCGAUUUCCCGAGGUAAGUAAGGAAUUACUUGUGUGUAUGUCUUGCUUUAAUCCUGUAAAUCAGUUUCAUUCUUUUGACAAAAGAAAGUUAGUUCAACUUGCCAAAUUUUAUCUCGAUGAAUUUUCAAGCUCUGAGUUAUUAUUUUUUGAACAUUCACUUGAAAAUUUUAUUGUUGAUGUUCGAAAUGAUGAGAGAUUUUGGAAUUUGAAAAGUCUAAGUGAACUUUCUACGAAACUUGUUGAGACGGGAAAGUUUGAAACUCAUGAUCGAGUCUACUUACUUUUGAAGUUCGUGUUGAUUCUUCCUGUUGCAACGACAAGUGUAGAAAGAGUAUUUUUCCGAAUGAGCAUGGAUGAUAUUGUAAAUCGUUAUCAAAAUAUGGAAACUCGUCGAGAGCAAUUGUAA